AGCGGCACUCUCGCAUCGGAAGCCGACUCAAGUCAGACUGCGAACGCUAGCUGCUAAAAUAAACGUAAAUAUGCCACACAUUGAAAUGUAAAAAAAAAGAAAAAUAAACAUUUGGAAGCGCGGAAAUCCUCGUCUGAAGCCAGCGCACCCGGUUUGGUUUGCGGGGUACCUGCCUGCGUGGCCGCCCGCCUCCCGGCGAUGCGAGCGGGGCUUUCGGGGUAUGAGCGUGUCGGAGGAGAGACAAGCAGAGUGCAUUGGGGAGUAGGGACGUUGGAAAGCCACUGUUUGGACUUUGAGAACAUUUUUCUUUUGAGGAUGGAAAGAAGUCACGGCAACAUUUCUGGUUAAAGCGCAGAUAAAAAAAAAAAUAGUAUCAGGGGGGGAACCGUUUCUGCAAGAAAAGGAACAACUAUCGCUUUGGAUUCAGACGCGGAUGAGAGCUGCGGCUCUGGAGCUGUCAGGAGAUGUAAGAUGUUCAAUAACAUGGAUAUAUUGACGGGGAUAAGCGUCAACAAGCACCGCUGGAGUUGUAUUCAGAUGAACAGUGAACAUUACUGGAAAGGACAAAGCCAGAAUUCUAUGCUUCUGUGAUUGGAUCUGAGCUUGUUCUGACCCGAGACCAUUAAAAUGGAGUUGCCAUGGAAACUUAUAGUGCUGCUUUCAUUGGUGGAGUGUCUGACAGGAAGUGGAGUCCUGCAAAGGCCCGUCUUCACUAAACAACCAGGCAGCGUGGUGUUUCCCAUUCAGCCGGGCGAGAUACGCCGAGAGGUGGUGUUUAGCUGUGAAGCCCAAGGACACCCACCACCCUUCUACAGGUGGAAGCUAAACGGCUCCUUCAUCCUGCCCAUCCCGGGCUCACGUUACUCCCUCAUGGGUGGAAACUUACACAUCAGCAAUCUGAAUAAAGAGGAAGAUGUGGGCAUUUAUCAGUGCCUGGCAUCAAACUCUUUCGGUACAAUCAUCAGCAGAGAGGCCAGUCUUCAUGUGGCUUACCUGGAGAAUUUCAAAACCCAAAGAAGAAGUCCUGUGAGGGUUCGUGAAGGUCAAGGAGUGGUCUUACUAUGUGGCCCACCCUCUCACUCAGGAGAGCUCACCUUCACAUGGAUCUUCAACGAGUACCCGUCUUUUGUCGUGCAGGACACGCGGCGAUUUGUCUCCCAGAAGACGGGCAAUCUUUACAUCGCUAAAGUGGAACCCUCUGAUGUGGGCAACUACACGUGUGUGGUCACCAAUAUGGUCACUAAAAGCAGUGUGCAAGGACCACCAACACCUUUAGUCCUCCGGCUUGAUGGUGUGAUGGGUGAAUACGAACCAAAAAUUGAAGUGCAGUUCCCUGAAGUCAUCCCGGUCGCUAAGAGCUCAACUGUCAAACUGGAAUGUUUUGCACUUGGAAACCCAGUGCCAACCAUAAACUGGAAAAGGGUGGAUGGGGCCCCUUUUGGCCGGAAGGUGGACGUGAAGAAAGCCAGUGGAGUUUUAGAAAUCCCUUAUUUCCAACAGGAGGAUUCAGGGAUGUAUGAAUGCACGGCAGAAAACAGCAGAGGAAGAAAUUCAGUUAAAGGAAAGCUGUCUUUCUAUGCUCCUCCUCAGCUGACUGAGAAGCCUCAGGAUGUUCAGAAGACCAUCGAUGACACUCUGGUGUGGGAAUGCAAGGCCAAUGCUAAGCCCAAACCCUCAUACCGCUGGCUGAAGAACGGAGAGCCUCUGGAUCACAUGGAGCAGGACAGAGUUCAGGUGAAUAAUGGAGUAUUGACAAUCAGCAGCCUGAACCUGGGAGACAUUGGGAUGUACCAGUGUGUGGCGGAGAACAAGCACGGCCGCAUCUUCACCAACGCUGAGCUCAGAGUCAUUGCUAUUGCUCCUGACUUCUCCCAAAACCUGCUGAAGGCCCAAACGUUGGCCCGACAGGGCGGCGACGUCCUGAUCGAAUGCAAGCCCCGGAUGUCCCCUCGCGGCGUGAUUUCAUGGAGGAAGGGGAAGGAAGCCCUGCGAGAGAGCCACAGAAUGAUGGUGCUGGAUAACGGAAGCCUGCGGCUCUCCAAUGUCACUAAAAUGGAUGCUGGGAUCUAUACGUGUGUAGCCAGAAACCAGUUUGGAGUAGCAAGCAGCUCUGGAAGCCUUUUGGUUAAAGAGGCAACCGCUAUCACGAGUCCAGCGGGACACCUAGAUGUGACUGUGGGCGAGAGCAUUGUGCUGCCCUGCCAGGUUUCACACGACCCAACUCUGGACCUGAAGUUCACCUGGUUCUUCAACGAGCAGGUCAUCCACUUUGGAAGCCAAGGGGCCUAUUUUGAAAAAGUUGGUGGGCGUUCGGCUGGAGACAUUAUGAUUCGGAACAUCCAACUGAGCCAUGCUGGAAAAUACACCUGUGCAGUUCAGACCAAGGUCGACAGUGUGUCCAUUGCCACAGAUGUGGUCGUCAGAGGUCCUCCGGGCCCGCCUUUGGACUGCCAAGUGACUGAGAUGACUGAGACUACUGCUUCUCUGUCCUGGAGGCCUGGGUUGGAUAACCACAGCCCCAUCCUCAGCUACACCAUCCAGGCCAGAACACCCUUCUCUCUCGGGUGGCAAACCGUCACCACUGUCCUAGAACUGCUACGGGGGAAACAGUUCUCAGCCACUGUUACUGAUUUGAGUCCCUGGGUGGAUUAUGAGUUCAGAGUUUUGGCAACCAACAGUGUGGGAACAGGAGAGCCCAGCAAACCCUCAAAGAAGACCCGCACCAAAGAGAUGGUCCCCAGGGUGACUCCAGCGAGGGUGAGUGGUGGUGGUGGAGGACGAUCGGAGCUUGUCAUCACCUGGGAACCUGUACCCGAGGAGAUGCAGAGCGGUCCGGGCUUUGGUUACGUUGUGGCUUUCCGCCCACUUGGGGCGCCGGGUUGGAUGCAGGCCGCCGUCACGUCCCCUGAUGCAUCAAGAUACGUGUUUAAGAACGAGAGCAUCCCUCCCUUCUCCCCUUAUCAAGUCAAAGUCAGGGUUUACAACAACAAGGGGGAAGGACCUUUCAGCCCCGUUACUACCAUCUACUCUGCAGAAGAAGAGCCCAGCAGAGCUCCGGUGAGGCUAAGGGCGAAGAGUGUUUCAGCAUCUGAGGUUGAGGUCACCUGGAAGCCGCUGCCGUGGAGCAACAGCCGCAGACGUAUCCUUGGCUAUGAGCUGCUGUACUGGGGAGAGAAGGAAAAGCAGGAUGCAGCCAGUGUGGUCAGAACAGAGGGGAAUAAAACAUCAGUACUCAUCAGGGAUCUGGAGGGCAGCAGUACCUAUUACAUGUCCCUGCGGGCCUAUAACAGCGCCGGAGUAGGUCCACAGAGCAGCAUAGUCAAUGUCACGACCAAGAAACCACCUCCCAGUCAAGCCCCAGUAAAAAUCAUGUGGAACACGUCCAACUCCAAAGUCAUUCUGAAGUGGGAACAGGUCCACGCCCUGGAGAAUGAGUCCGAAGUCACAGGAUAUAAGGUGAUGUACAGCCAGGACAAACACAGCCACCCAAGCGUGGUGGAGACCAACAACACCUCCUUGGAGCUGUCACUGCCAACCAACCAAGACUAUGUGAUCCAGAUUAAACCCUGCAGCGAGGGAGGGGAAGGCAUCAGCAGCCGCCAGAUUACCAUCCCCAAAAUUGAAGGUUCCAUAGCCAUCGGAGCAGCCCCGCGAUCCUUGGGAUUUUCAGUGGUCAACCUUGCAGCUCUAACUCUCACAGGCAGAAUGCUGCUAUGACAAACAUCCAGAAACUGCAGCUUCUUAUUCGGAGGGGAGGGACAGCGGGUCAGAGACAACACAAGGCCUACAGCCUCAUUCCUUUCUGCUCCCUUCUCCUCCCUACCAUGUCUCUCCUCUCGGCCCCACAAAGGUCUCUUUUUGUGAGGAAGAUUCUUUUUCUUCACAUCUCUAAAGUGGUCGCUGAAAGGAUUCGCCGCUGUCAGAAUUUGCUUUUCUGAAACUGAAAAGGAUGCCUUGACUCGACUGACCCCAGCCUUUUUGAAGAUGCGCUUCUCUCAUCUACUUUCUAACUAGUGGAUACUGUUGUAUGUUUUUUCCACCUUGGAGGAUAAAUUAGGACAUGUUAAUGUUUUCCUAAAGGAACUGUGCGGGUUGUUUUUAAAAAAUAAAAUAAAAAAAGUGUUAUUGCUGUGUGUACCACUGAGCGCUUUCUCCUGAAAAUGGAUUGAAACAUGCGUAACAUGAGAGUGGAGGAGGCCUAGAUCGCUUACUUGUUCAUCGAAGUGAAGAUUUGCUUGAUCUUGAUUGAAGACAAGAAACAUUUUUCUUUGGGUAAAAUCUUGCCCAGGAAAUAAUUAUUUAUCAUCCCAUCAAAUGGAAUAAAAAAUGGGGGUACGAUCGCUUUAAGUCAAAACAGAAUUUGGGACAUUUCUGUUCUUUUCUGCUUCGAUUCCUCACAUUGUAAGUUGCCAUACAACUGACUGGAACCAAAGGUAUGUGACUGACACGAUGCAGCUCCACCUGCUGUAUCGCGAGAAAAGGCAGCCUGUACCCCACCAUGUUUCAUUUUUUAUCUCAAGCAGCUGGCCGGUGUUCGCAGUAAAUGUCUCACCUUGCUCCAACAUCUGUGUAUAAUCAAGGCAAACAUGUAUGGAAUCCUCAGGUCCCAAAUGAGCCUUAAGUCUUAUGAUUACCACCCAUCUUAUCAUUCAGGACUAAUUUAUUAUUAUUUUUUUAGUUUUUAGUUUAUGAAUCAUGUAUCUUAGCUCUAAAUCACAUCUGAAUGUUUUGAACUCGAUAAUCUAAACGCUUUUCGUUUCCUUUCCGUCCUGAUGAGCAUUGUUAUACAGUAGGUGGUACGGAUUUCUGACUUUUCUAGCAUAGUUUAUAUCAAAACCAGGUCAGUAUUUCACUGUCGGUCGACGUUUGUGUGUCUUGCUCAGGAUGGUUUGAAAGGAUCAGUCUUCUUUUAAUAAAGAUUAUGCCAUUUUCCUCACUUCUGUCCUCAGUGUUAACGCCCGGCCAAAUGUUCCUUGAAUCAAGUUGUUGCCUUUGAUGUUGCUCAUGCAGUUUUUGGUAAAGCUUUUAAGACCCGUUUCUAUCGCUUCUACAUUUCUACUUUCUGCCUUUGAAAUGUUACAUUAUCGCAAAAAACGGCCUUUGUCGACGUAACAGUUGCUUUGUUUUUGGCUUUAAAUCAAACUUUUAAGCUCUCACAAUGCUUUAUCCACCAUUUGUCACAUUGCUAUCAACUUCUUUGGUUUUCAUUGGGAUUUUAUGUAAGACCAACACUAAGCUGUGCAUAUUCAUAAAGUGGAAAGGGAAAGGGUGCAUGGCUUUCAAAAUGUUUUACAGUUAAAAAUGUGAAAGGUAUGGUUUAAAUUUGUAUUCGGCCCACUUUAUUGUGAUACCUUGAAAUAAAAUCCGGUGCAAACAUUGCAAAGCAAUAUCCUAAGUUUUGAACAUCUCAGAGUUCUGUUUAAUUCGACAUAUGAAACUGGACAUGGUAUUGCACAACUGAAAGCCAACCGAGAACCAUCAAUAUGCCAGUAACUAUGGAGCUGCAGAAAUCCAUGAAAAGGGUGACAGAAUCUGCUGCACAGUUAUGCGCUACAGAGUCUGAUUCUUAUGGAUAAGUGACAAGGUUAAGGCAUUGUUGAAUAAAAACCACAAAUAGUGCUGGUUAAAGGGUGCUACAUGCCAUGCAGGAGGGAGCAGCAAACAUGUGGAAUAUGCUCUAGUCAGAUCAGACCAAAACACACGUGUUGGUCUAUUACAUAAAACCCCAUUAGAAUAUGUUGUGAGUUUUGAGAUGUAGCUUAACUUAAAUUCACUAAAAGGCUUCUCAAUAUUUUUGUUAGGCAUUGUAUAUGAGCUUGUAAGAAAUCAUUUAUUUCAAGUCUUUUGUAAAUUCAUUUCCUCUGUUCCUCUGCUUCUGGUUAAGUUAUUAAGUUAGAAACAUAAAGUUGAAAAGAAAAAAGCAUUUGAAUCGGUCAGUUUUGCUGUAUUGUAAAUGAACAACGUUCUCCUUUAAGUUUGUCAAUGUCAGUCCGCACCGGUUGUUUUCCUGCCCUGAAAAGGAUCCACAUGUACCUCAGGUCUGGAUGAGAUGACCUUUAUAUGCUGUAGCUGUGAGUCCGACACAGAAAGUCUGUCUCUUUUCAAAGUGCUCACGUCACUCCAUGCUCUUUCCAAUUAAAAAUCAACAUUCGGUACAUUUUGACUUUA